GACGUUCCUGUGUUAAAUUUAGAUUUGGGAUUACCUGUAUGAAAUUUUAACAAGACGUCGCGUCAGAUUCCAUCGCGUGAUAUCGAAAUUUAAAUGUUCAAUAUGAAAUAGGUUUCCAAAUUUUAGAAGGUGCUAGAUGGUAUGUGAAGAAUAUGAAGCCUUUUCAACAGAAAAUUUAAUGUUCAAUUCAAAGAUUAUAGGAUUCACUGGUGUUUGGAAUAAUCCAGAAAAAACGAAACAGAAAGUGGAAAAACUUCGUGGAAGUGACCAACUGUCAGAGAAGUAAUUUGGUGACUGUUGGGUGUAUAUCGCAGAAAAAAUCACGAAAAUGAACAGACUGAGAGAACCAGAAAUUGAUAGUCUUAAGAGCAGACUAUGAAUACGGAAUCGGCUAUGAAAGUAUGACCAUUGCGUUGAGCUACUGUAUAUUCCAGCGAAUUAAAAUUGCGUAUUUACAAACUGCAAUGUAGUUUCAUUAUCAACAAGGGCAGAAAAAUCAAAUUUUAUCUUGUGAUUUCUUUGACAACCAAGGGUAUAUAACAUUGCAUGACAGAUGGAUUCCGAAGGGAGCCUUAAAUUACCCAGUGCCCCGCUUCUUGAUAAGACGAGUUUGACGCAUCCAGAGAACGCCGACAGUCUUCAGCUAAAAAGCAGUGAGGAACUGGGCAGUUCUCUUUUUAAAGAACAAUCUACUGCAAAAGAUGAUAUCAAGCCACAACGUGGAGCAUCAAACCAGGAAGCGGCUGCUAAAAUUGUAGCAGAAGACAUUCAAAGAGCAGGCAAGCAGUUCAUACAAACUUCUGGUCAGCUGAAAGAUGGACAACCGAAAGAAGAAGCGGGGCAGUAUUUGAGUAUGGAAUACAGUCAGGACAAUAUGAUGUCCUCUCUGGAGCCGGAGGAUGACAGUGUGCCUCACUACAUACGGUUAUACAGGCCCAUGAUUGUCAAGUGUGUGGACUGUCUGCCCUUACUGCCCCAGAUGAGAGAUAUUUUUGAUGACCAAGGAGAAAGGACUAGGAUUAAAACUAUUUCAAAAACAGAUGGAACAAAAGCUGGCAUGGAAGAAUUCCUGAACUGUUUGGAAACAAAGAAACAUUUUCCUGAUCGAUGGAACCGAUUUGUGCAUGCUAUAAAAGAAGCUGAUUAUGAGUAUGUGUCAAAAGUUCUGGAGAAACAAGAAAUAAUUCACACAGACACAUUCACAACACAGGCCCGUCUUAUUGACAUUUUUGCACACCAGCUGUACAAAAAGUUGAAACCGAGUGAAAUUGUUCCUGAACUGUAUGCAAGGAAAGUCCUGAAUAAGGAAUUUUAUGAUGCAAUUUUGCUUGAUGAAAAAAACAAUGGUGAAUCUUCAGCAACCAUCAUACUGAUUGAUAAUAUCUGGCGUUGUAAACGGGACUGGUUGUACAUCUUCUUGGAUGUUCUGUGCAAUCAUCAGUACGAAGAACUUGUGAGAGUGAUUGACGACUCAUUUCUCGAGAAAAGACAACAAAAGUUUCCAGAUGGCAAGGAUCACAUGACUAGUUCGAAGUCUAAUGCGGACGAAGGUUCCAUGUUGGAGAAAUAUCAGAGAGAGGAGUCGGAGGAAAGGAGUAAAGCAACAAAGUCUGACAAGCUGGGGAGGAAGUUCUCUCACAACUCAGGGGGACCAAAGUCCGACAAGCUGGGGAGGGAGUUCUCUCACAACUCAGGGGGACCAAAGUCUGACAAGCUGGAGAGGGAGUUCUCUCACAACUCGGUGUCCCCCAACAAAGAGGAGCAGGACAAAAAUAGUUCCAUUAAGGAAAACUAUCUGUCUGAGACAUUUGAAGCUCAUGAAUCUGUGAACAAUUUGAGUGGAAACUCGGAGCAAGAAAGUCUGGAUAUUGAGUUCGUUCAGCUGGCUCACAAUUUUGAUAAUUCUUUAUCUCUGAGUCAUGGGAGAACUGAACAGACCAACAUGAAGGAAGUGGACAGAAGAAAUGCAUCCUCCAACCCUGAUGACAGGAGUUUACAGUCGAACACAAAUAACCAAAGCCUGCUCUCCACAACAGACAAGACAAGCUUACAGUCCAGCACAGAUAAUGAGAUGGUUAGCAUGCAAGGCGUGGAUUCGCUGGCUGUCAGAAAUGUCUGUCAGAGUUUGGACAGGGAGGUGGAAUCGACCACAAGUCGUCCAAACAUCAUCAACAGUAGUAUGGGUGCAAGCCUACUGGAAUCCAAUAAACGGGUCAACUUGGAUGACUCGGACGAUGAGGAAGAUCUUUCUGUUCCAAAAGAGAAGUUGGAGCUGAGAAGCUACCAGAUGGAGCUGGCCAGGCCUUCUCUUGAAGGCAAGAACUCGGUCAUCGUGGCUCCGACCGGGAGUGGAAAAACACACGUGGCACUGUAUAUUAUCAAGGAUCAUAUGGAGAAAAUAAAGUCCAGACGACACCCAAAAGUUAUUUUUUUGGUCGAGCAAAGUGCCUUGGCUGAGCAACAAGGCAAACAGUGCAUGACUUAUCUCCCUUGUAAAGUCAAAGUGAUUACCGGGGAAUCGCAAAGAAAUGAGAGAAUGAAGAGCUUAAAUGAGUGGAUAGAAAGGCGUGAUUUGCUGGUUGUAACAGCCCAGAUCCUAUUGAAUGCACUUAGAGAUGGUACGGUUAAUGUGACUGACUUUUCACUGCUGGUGUUUGAUGAAUGUCAUCACGCCAAUGACAACCACUCCUACAACAUGAUCAUGAACCGGUAUCUGGACAUCAAAUUUCAGGACGAUGAGAAAGCUAAAAAUCUACCCAUGAUUGUCGGGUUGACAGCUUCUGUAGGGGCGGGGAAGUCUACGGAAGAUGACAAGGUCAAACGUCACAUUGAGAAAGUGAUGGCAAAUAUGGACGCUGAAGUGAUUGUGACAGUGACAGAGAACCGGUUGGAACUGGCUAAAUUUGUCACUAUUCCUAAACAAAGAAUCUAUAAAGUGGCAAAAAGAGAGAAGAAUUACUUUGGAACACUAUUGGAGAAGUUAAUGGACGCUACCGAGAAGCACAUGAAGAAUUCAAACUAUGUGAAGUUGGUCAAGAAUGCUAAUGCUGUGAUAAAGCCUCCCCUGGAGAAGGGAUCUGACCAGUACACACAGUGGGUCAGUAUGUUAUGGAGGGAGACGGCCAAGAUCCAAGACCAGGCAGCCGGGCGAUUCUUCGACACCUGUCGUAAAUAUCUUGAUCUUUAUAACAAGGCACUGAUCAUCUACAAAGAUGCACGUCCAACCGAUGCCCUGACAUUCAUCCUUAAAGAAACGAAGAAGUGGGAACAGACGGUCAUUCCUGACGAUACAGAAAACAAAAUGAAGAAAAUGUUCGACAAAACGAAAGACAUGCUGGAAAAGUGCACAGUGGAUCCUAAACACAGGAACCCAAAACUGGAAACCCUGAAACACAUGAUUGCUGAUUACUUUCAAGAAAACCCAGAUUCCAGAGUCAUAGUAUUCGUCAAAACGAGAGAACUGGUGAAAGCCAUAGAGACGUUUAUGAAGGAGACCGAUGAGCUACAGUUUCUGAACCCUAUACAGUUUGUCGGUGUUCAAGCCAACAAGGAGAGAGGAGGUAUGACUAAGGUAGAGCAGGACGAGAUCCUGAGAUUGUUUAGGGAGGGGAACCACAAGGUGAUUAUAGCUACCUCUGUAGCAGAAGAGGGACUGGACAUUCAGAAGUGCAGUCUGGUGGUGCGGUAUGAUCAUGUGACCAACGAAAUCGCCAUGGUGCAGUCAAGAGGAAGAGGAAGAGCAGAAGACAGCAAGUAUGUUGUUUUAGCGUCAGAGGAUAGCAACACGGUGAAGAAGGAGGAGCUUAAUCAGAUCCGAGAAGUCAUGAUGAACAAAGCCAUAGCCAGCCUCCGGGAUGAGCUGAGGUGGAGCAAUGACGCAGUCCUCAGGAGGGUGAGAGAAAUCCAGCGUGAGGCCAAGAUCGCAAGGGACAUAGCCCUCAAAAACAGGAAGGCUGUCCAGGCGAAUCUGGGCGAGUUCAAAAUAACGUGCAAUCCGUGCAGAAACUUCAUUUGCAUGUCUACUGAUAUAAAAAAGAUUGAGAACGCUCAUCAUGCAGCCAUUAAUGAGGACAUCAUGGAGAAUGUAAAUGUGGAGUCCUCUGUUCCCGACUACGAAGAUCAAAAUAUGAGCGUCGGAGCCGGGAAGUUGUUUUGUAAAAACUGUGGAAAUCCAUUAGGAAACAUCACUAUCUACAAGGGGGCACAAUUCUGCAUUCUGAAAUGUGAAUACUUGAUCAUGAUUGAUAGCGCUGGAAAUGGUGUCACAAAAAAGAAGUGGAAACAAGCUCCAUUUUUUGUACCUCCUCUGACUCUUCCUGACCUUGAAAAGAGAAUCCAAGGAGAAAAAUAUGUUGAAUAAGAUUUAGAAGUGUACUAAAACACGAUUACGAGCUUUAUAUUCAUGUAAUACAAGCUUUGCUUUAAACAAUUAUCAAACAAUUACCAUGUGUACAAGACAAUUAAUGCAUGUGGCUUAUUACAUAAGAACUAUUGCAAGAGCUUUUUGCUUUUCAGAAUUCUAUUGAUGUACAUGUAUAAGUGUGUCGCAGUUUUGUCGAAAUUUGUUGUUUAUGUAGAAAUAAGGCCACGGAUUUGCAUAAUGAAUGUUUUGUGAAUUACCACGUGUUUAAUUAUAAAUGAAUGAAAUGAUAUAAUGAUAAAUGAAUAAAUUAUAAAGAAAUGUACAUUCUAUCUGAGUGAAAUUGUAACAAACAAUAUUUACAAGUCUGCUAAUAAUUUUGUGGAAAUGUUUUUCAAUAUCAUGUUGUGUGAAUGUUCUCAGAUGUUGAUAGCUCAAGUUAUUUAUUUUAUUUAUAAAUCAAACCUCAAUUCCUGUAAAUACUUGUAUGAUCUGUGAUGAAAUGUAACAUUAAUUCCUGUAAAUGCUUGUAUGAUCUGUGAUGAAAAGUAACAUUGUGCUACUAACACAAUGAUACGCAUGCUGGUUAUAUUAUUUAAUGAAUUUAUUGUGUGAUAUAUGUACAUGUAGUAUUUUGUACAGAUAAUGAUAGCCUUUUCACUUGAUCACAGGGGUGUGAAUUUUCCUCUUUGCAGAGGAAAUCCUCUGAUUUGCUCAAUUUUCGAAAAAAUUAAACACUGGAUUUGAUCUAAAGUGGCAGAAAAUGAUAUUUUUCCAGGUAGGGUGAGGUGUUUUCCUCCAUUUUCGACCAGUUUUCCUCUGAUUUCUGAGGAAUUCAGUCACAUCCCUGUGAUCAAUAAUACAUGAAAGUAAUCGUCCACAUGUCUCCGAACCUGCCUGGUCAAUUAAAGCUAUCAUGGUGAGUUUUUGUUUUGAAAUGCCGGACAUGUAAUUUAUUAAAUGCUUUAUUGUA